UGGAGUGCAGUUGUUGUGCUCUAGAAAUACGUAUGGUCUCCGUGUUGCUUUAGGUCCGGUACUGAAAUACAUUCAGUAGAGUUUUUGUCUUCUGGCGUUCUUAGGUACAUGUUCUGCUGCUGUUUCGUUGUAAACACGAAUAUCUAAAUGAUUGUAUUACAGGCGGAAUCGCGAGACCUGCGUUCUCCUAUGUGAGUGAUCUGAACACCCGUGACAACCUUCAGUGACAAGGACAGAGUAGAAGACAUUCAUACGUCAAAUAAACUACAGAUCCCAAUGGCUAAAAAUGAACAAAGACUUCGCAAUCAAGACACUAAUCCAUGCAUGGAAGAGAGUGAUGCCUCCAUCAAGUGUGUCCACACCAAUAAAAUUAACCAGAGCAUGUGUUCAGACUAUUUUCAGAGAUAUCAGAACUGUCGUAAGUACUGGCACAACAUAAUGCUGAAAAGGAGACGGGAAGGUGUGAAACCUGUAAUGCCAACUGCAGCAGAGAGGAGGGAAAUGCUUUCAGCCAUUGGAAGCAAACCGUAUUGAACGCCGACGAAUGCAGAAGAAGAAACACCAAGGAGCUUGCUGUAAAUGCCUGGAUCAUAGACGCUGAUCUUCUGCAGAGAGCGUUUAUUCUGAAAAGUCACUGGAAAAAAAGGGGAAGAAUCAUCAAUUUGACAAAGACAAGACCUGAGUAGGAUUAUCAAGAAAUAAAUGUGUAAGAAAGGAGAGGACAUUGACGACAACACCUAGUCUUUUUGGAACCACAGAACUGGUGCUUGAAGAACUUGUUCUAGUUUUUAAAAAAAAGAUCACUUCUGGCAGUUUUUUUUAUAUAGAUUUAUAUUUAGCACGUUAGCUUCUUCUCUUAUAAUUAAGUUAAUUUAAUAUUUCUAAAUUACAAAAUUAACGCUGCAUGAAGUCGGUCGCCUAAGUUUGCACUGCCUCUGUGUGGUUAAUAUAAUAAUCUUUUGGAACGUUCGCAACCCUCCAACAGUGACAUCUGGUGGUCAAAUGAAUGUAAGGUUUUAUAAUAAUGUUAGUGUAAUACCUCACUCAAUAAAGGAAGUUUGACUUGA